AUGGCCGACGAAGAGCUAAACCUCUACGACGAGGUCGAGAUCGAAGACUGCUUCUACGACGAGACUCUGCAAAUUUACCAUCACCCAUGUCCAUGCGGCGACCGCUUUGAGAUUUCCAUCUAUGACAUGCGCGACGGAGAGGACAUCGCGCGCUGCCCCAGCUGUAGCCUGAUGAUACGGAUUAUAUUCGACCCAUCCGAUCUUCCACCAGAAAACGACGAUGCGCCCAAGAGUGUUGCGAUCACCGCCUAA